AUGUUCUGCUAUCAUUGCCCAGCGCCCCCAUUACACCCUACACCAUCGACACGGAUACCAUCAAUCGACUAUCCGUUUUCGUCCUCACAUCCAUACACUAGUUAUUCGUAUCACCCUGCAAUUCAUGAUGAUUCAUUUGUUAGGCGUAAACAAAGAAGGAACCGAACUACAUUCACAUUACAACAGCUCGAAGAACUGGAAACGGCAUUCGCUCAGACUCACUACCCAGAUGUAUUCACAAGGGAAGAUUUAGCAGCUAAAAUCCAAUUGACUGAAGCUCGUGUUCAGGUCUGGUUCCAAAAUCGUAGAGCGAAAUGGAGAAAAGCCGAACGCCUGAAAGAAGAGCAACGGAAACGAGAAGAACACGAUAGGACUGGUUCACUGCAAGAACAGCUGGAUCAUAUGGCUAAAGAUAUGCAACAUUCACCGUCCACAAAAGCUAACGCAUUAGAAGGCGAACAGAGAGACGAUGGACAUAGUGGCAGCGAGCCGGACGAAGAUGCACGUACCAGUACUGUUCACAUAUCGGACAGAAGCGAAUCACCUGCCAGUUGUGGCAUGAACGGCGGUCCAGACGAUAGGCCAACGUCACCAUCGCCAACAGGGAAUGGAACCGUUGUGGUGCCAGAUUCACCGACGCCUAGCCUAAGUCCUUCGCAAAUCCGACCGCCCAUCAGUGUAGCAACGUCAACAUUCAAUCAUUCAAUAUUUACUCCAUUCUCUUCCGAAGGGUAA